AUGGCAGCAGUUCGUCGCUUUGCGUCCUGCGCUGGCAAGGCCACCAGGUUUGCACGUGCUCAGCCUGCACUUCCUGCAGCACGGCUGCCGCUGGUAUGCCCCCGCUCUCCAUUCCAGGACUCUGUACGAUCCUACAUUACGGUGACAAAGUACAGCCGGGAUGAUGUGCUUUCCCUCCUGGACGAGUAUCAUGCCACAGUCAUGAGCACCAACUGGGCAGAUUAUCUCACUCUGGUCUACAGCGUGCCCUUCUGGGAGGCUGAGUUCGAGAAACUGAACUCCCUGGUUCAGCCUUAUUUGCACGAACCAGAUGUGGGCAGCAAGUACAAGCAGGUCCAGGAAAUGAUGGACGUCUACUACCAGUGUGAGGAUGUGCGUGACCACCUUAACGAGCUGGCGGAGUUGUGCACGCGUGCCAGCGGCUUCAUGGGCACUGGCUUUGCUGCUGAGGAGAAGGUCGAAAAUUUGGACGAACAUGCCAAGGUGGCGGCUGAGAGCUAUGAAAAGAUCCUUGAAAAGCACCCGGAUUUCAAGCCCAAGAUCGAGCAGACCAUUGGCCAUGGCCUGGCGAUCCUCCGUCAGAAGCACAAGUUCAAGUUCGGAAGCAUGCAUCGUUACUUCUACUGA